AUGUGCAUUUUCCUUUUUCUACUGCCCCGGUCCACCGAUCUGGACAGUUGGUCUGCCGAGUCGAUAUCGCUGCGCGUAGUCCCCGAUGCCGUCGAGCCUCCGGAAAUUGCUGCUGCCACCGGCCACAGACUGCUGCGGUAUUUGCCGGGCUGUUGUGGAUACCACGCAGCAAAGCUCUCGCCCAUUGUGCAGGACAUGUUCGAUGGCGAGAUGCGCUUCCUGGACCGGCUGUAUGACAAGACGGCCGGCUAUCUGUACAACUUCUACUACCCCUUGGCUGCUGGGCCGCAUGAGACUCGCUCGUCCGUGUGGUUUGCCGUCGGCCUGUUGCAGCGCAACAGCGGCGAUGACCGGACCAAUGCCGUCAAGAUCAUCAACAACGUCAUUGCUGGCCAGGAGAAGAACGUGUCGGCCCAGUGGUAUGGCGACUACACCGUCUAUCCGGAGCAGCCGACGGUAGGCAGCAGGAGCUACGAUCCCGUGAUCUACAACUCUUGGGACCCCAACUGGCGCGGCUUCAUCGGCACCGCCCUGAUUGUCAUUUAUGAGGAGUUCGGCCACCUUAUUGGCCGCGACGUUCAAGAGCUCAUCGUCGAGUCGCUGUACAACAACUCCAUCGGCGACAGCUACCGCGUCGGCGGCGUCGACGGCGAUAAUCUGUACCCGUCGUACAGCAACCCGUCUCUGAUGCGUGCCGUGGUCACCGGCUGGAGCGGACGCAUGUGCAACGACAGCAACAUGACCGCUGCCGGCGAGGCCUAUGCGCAGGAGAUCAUCGACCUGUUCAACCUCAACAACACCCUGUCCGAGUUCAAUGUGCCGACGUACUACGGCGUCAGUCUGACAGCCUUGACGCUCUGGGCCAAAUACCUGCCAUCCUCGUCCGUCAUGGCCCAGAACGGUCCCCGCAUGGUGGCCGACAUCUGGACGGCCUUUGGUGACUUCUACAACGCCCAGCUGCAGAACCUGGCCGGCCCGUGGGACCGGUCGUACGGUUACGACAUGAACAAGUAUGUCGCCAUCAUGUCGCUGCACAUCUGGUCGCUCGUUGGCCGCCAGCACGUCUUCGGUCUCGGCAGCGUGGACACGUCCGAGGACCCCUGGCUGCUGACCCACGCUGACGAUGGCGAAUUCGUACCCCUAAUCGCCGUCCUGUCCGACUUCCAUCGCUCGCUGGUGCCGGCCAGCGUCAUCCAAAGCUUGACCGUCUUUCCGGGCGAGCACACGGUCCAUCGGCAGGCCUACACGCCACCCUUUGACCUCGAUGUCCGCAAUAUCUCCACCUGGCUGUCGGCCGACCUGACCAUCGGCGCCGACUCCUAUAACCAGACCGUCGUAGGCGGCGCCAGCCAGGACUCCAACUCCUUCAGCCCGGCCAUUGUGCACUGGCACCGCAAUGCCACCGCCCAACAGGCCGCCAGCGUUGGAUACUUCUCGCUGCACCCUUCCCAGUCCAGCAUGCAAGCCCGUGUCGGCCCGGGCGCCCUCAACCUGACCUACCCGGCCGGCAACGCAUCCAGCUCCUUCACCUUUGUUGUCGCCAGCAACCCGCUCGGCACCAAGCGCGACGUGACCGGCCUGGCUGACAUUGACGGCGUGUCUGUCUCGAUUCUCAGCGGCAGCACCGUCAACCCGGUCCCGGAGGUCGCUUUCUGCGGUCUUGUUGGCGGCACUUGCAGCCUCAUCCACAACUUUGAGUUCUGGAACCUGACCUUCAUCAUGCCGGCAAACAGCACUGAGCUGCCGCAGCUGAACCUUCACUUUGACCUCGUCUAG